AAAAUGGUUUCCUCUCUCACUAGGAUCGCUGCGAUGAAGCUUUUGUGGUCUCCUCUCUCACUAAGGGUCUUGCUUUAUGUUUCUCUCUCUAUCUCUUUCUUAUUCAAAGGGUGAGUACCCAUUAUUCCGUUUCUUCUGAUUUGAUCUUUUUCAUGGUUUCCCAUCCAUGCUGUUGAAUGUUUCUUACCUUUGUGUAUUGUUUUUAGAGUGAGAAAUUGCUUUGUCAUAUGAUCUUUGUGUCUCAUAGUGUUUAUAGGGCCAGAGGGAGGUUGAAGGAUUUGGAAAGAAGGUUAUCUGAGUUUUUGGGUUCAGACCUUUGUAUUUGUUUUGUUUUGUUUGUUAGAUAGAUUAAAAAUAUUGGAUUUUUGGGGAGAAUGGUUUCUUGGGGUCAGACCCAAAUCUCUAGUUUUUGCUAGUCUUGAUUUCAGCUGGGUCAACACUGCCAAUACGCCAAUUUUUUUUGUAAACCUAUUGUUGGAAUUGGGUAAUGGAAGAUGGUAACUUUAUAAGUUUGGAACAUGAAAGAGGGAGGCUAUAAAAGGUGGAUUUGAUAACCGGUUUUUUUUUUCCACCUUGUUUUAGAUGGGAUGCUGAUCGCCAAUUUGCGUUCUGCGUUGUUAGAGCUCUGAUUGAUUCUUCGCUUCCAAAUCCCAUUCUCUAUCUCUCUCGCUUUCCUUCUCUAAAUCUGAUGCAUAAUUGGCAUAUGUAAUUUGAUAGGGACUGUGUUGAUUCUUUUUGUCUGGUAUCUAAGUACUAUUUUACAUCGUUGAAUGUGAAAUUGGCAUUUGGGUUCCUCACAAGAUCAUGGGUACUGAGUUAUAGUCGUUGAAUCAUAACAAUCUGAGGUUUAGAAAUUCAGUAGCUAUGAUUAAGCAGAUACUUGGAAAGCUCCCUCGUAGGCCGUCAAAAUCAAGUGAUAGUCGAGAAGGAGUUGGGAAUUCUAUCCCCAAUGCACGAGUUGCAAAUAAUUAUCACCCUUCGAGAGGUGAGAAUUCUGCACCUGCAACUCGUAGUGGGAAUGAUUCAGAGUCUUAUUUGGUUCCUGGAUCCAAUCAGGUGAAAAAAUUAGGUCUUAUCGAUCGAGCCAAUGGGAAUUCAGCUUCUUCAGCUUAUGAAGCGUUACCAAGUUUUAAAGAUGUUCCGAGCGCCGAAAAACAAAACCUUUUCAUCAGAAAAUUGAACAUGUGCUGUGUAGCUUUCGACUUCACCGACCCCUCAAAGAACCAGAAAGAGAAGGAUGUUAAAAGACAAACACUGUUGGAGCUUGUGGAUUACAUAACCUCGGCUAAUGGGAAGUUCACUGAGACCAUAAUGCAGGAGAUCACGAAAAUGGUAGCCGUGAAUUUAUUUAGGACACUGCCUUCUUCUUCUCACGAGACCAAAGUUAUAGAAAAUUUUGAUCAGGAAGAAGAGGAGCCAGUUAUGGACCCUGCCUGGCCGCACCUACAAAUCGUUUAUGAACUCCUCCUUAGAUUUGUUGUGUCAACAGAGACCGAUGCGAAGUUGGCAAAGAGAUAUAUAGACCAUUCUUUUGUUCUUAGACUUCUUGAUCUAUUUGACUCAGAGGAUCCUAGAGAGAGAGAAUACUUGAAAACUAUACUCCACCGAAUAUAUGGGAAAUUUAUGGUGCACCGCCCAUUCAUUAGGAAAGCCAUCAACAAUAUCUUUUACCGUUUUAUUUUUGAGACCGAAAAGCAUAAUGGGGUUGCUGAACUUCUUGAGAUUCUUGGGAGUAUAAUUAAUGGGUUUGCUUUGCCUUUGAAAGAAGAGCACAAACUGUUCCUAGUUAGAGCUCUAAUUCCUCUUCACAAGCCAAAGUGUGUGGCCAUGUAUCACCAGCAAUUAUCUUAUUGCAUCACUCAAUUUGUGGAGAAAGAUUGCAAGCUUGCUGACACUGUGAUAAGGGGUUUGUUGAAGUAUUGGCCUAUCACAAAUAGCUCAAAGGAGGUUAUGUUCUUAGGAGAGUUGGAGGAGGUCUUGGAGGCCACACAGGCUGCUGAGUUUGAGAGAUGUAUGGUUCCCUUGUUCCGACAGAUUGCUCGUUGCCUGAACAGCUCACACUUCCAGGUGGCUGAGCGGGCAUUGUUCUUAUGGAACAACGACCAUAUUCUAAAUUUGAUCAAACAGAAUCGAAAGGUGAUUUUGCCCAUAGUCUUCCCUGCACUGGAGAGGAAUACAAAGAACCAUUGGAACCAGGCAGUUCAAAGCCUAACACUAAAUGUCCGUAAGAUCUUCUCAGACCUUGACCAUGAGCUCUUUGAGGCUUGCUUGGCCAAGUUUCGAGAAGACGAAGCCAAAGACGAGGUAAUACAAGAGAAGCGUGAGGCCACUUGGAAGCGGUUAGAAGAUGUCGCGGCCUCGAGGGCAGUGAGUAAUGAAGCUGUGCUCAUUCCUCAAACUGUCCCUCUCUCUAAAGUUGCAGGAGGCCAAAGAGCAAACAUCGGGGGUUAGAAGAAUUUUUUUGGCUGCCAUGUGUCUUUAGUGAGAGAUGAGCUUUUGCUCUUUGGGUUGUGGUGAGCUCGUUGAGCUUCAAUUGUGGUUUUGGAUUCUCAGUCCCCAAAGGAAAGCACUGUACAGGAUGAGUGUAUUAGUUGCUUGCUUGCUCUGAGGCCUGAGGUCUUGUGGUUGCAUUCACAAUGGCUGUAUAUAUAUGUAUGCUACAUGAACUCUCUCUCUCUACUCUCUGCUCUCUAUCCCUCUCUCUACAGUUGUGUAUUGUCUUUAGACAUGAGAAGCAGUGGAAGUUUGAAGUUGGUGGUCUCCCACAAUCAUAAAGAGGGAGAAUUUUUAGGUUCCCAAACUAGAUGUUUGAGACUAGAAUUUCCUUGAUUGAUUGAGAGGAAAACGCUCUUUUCAUUUUAUUGGUGUGUAUCUCUUGACCGAUGCUUGGAUUGCCUCAGUUUAUAUUCAAUUUGUAAUCGGUAUGGCAUGUCUAUCUA